UUUUGUCACCGUGUCUCAUUAGGUUUUCAGCCGGAAUCUGGCAAAGAUGAACAGCUCCAAAGUCGUUACCGGUGGUACUGUGCGGUUUGUGAUCUCGCAAUGUCUAGUUUUUAUUUUGUGCUCACUAUGGAUGACUAAAGUCGGUGUUGUGGCUGCGGGUAUAUCAUUGGAUCGAACAUUAGGCGAAAGUGGAUACGCCAACGAUAACACUGGCAGCCUUGAAAGCCGCUAUGCAGAUAUCGAUAGUAAUAGUAGCGAGGAUUUUAUUCCUCUGCUAAGGAGAUACGAUGGUGCUCAGGUUUGGAGAAUUUUGGUUGAAAACGACCAAGAGAAACAAUUAGCCGAAGAAAUUCUCGAGAAAUACGAUGGACAAGUUUGGAAGGAGGUAAAAGCUGAGGUGGACUACUUGUUGAAACCAAGUGUCCUUGUUGAAGCCGAACAAUAUUUGCAAACAGCAAAUCUUUCAAAAAUCGUUCUAAUUGACAAUUUACAAAAAGUCAUCGAAGACGAAAACCCACCCAGGGAAGAAAUCGAAAAUUUACAAAAUCGAAAGGGACACCGCAUGACGUGGAAGGCCUAUCAUCGUUUAGACGAUAUUCACGGUUUCGUUGACUACUUGGCUAAGACAUAUCCAGACUUGUGUACCGUCGAGACGAUUGGCUACUCGUUCCAAAAGAACCCACUCAAGCUCCUCAAAGUUUCAAAUGGAAAAGCUGAAAAUCCUGCCAUUUGGAUUGACGCUGGAAUUCACGCCAGAGAAUGGAUUGGUCCCGCUACAGUGACGUACAUUCUUAACAACAUUGUCGAAGGUUGGGAUGAUUUGCCAGCUUAUAUGAGGAACGUCGAUUGGUAUUUCUACGUAAUGGCAAAUCCCGACGGGUAUGAAUACACCCACACAACUGACAGAAUGUGGCGAAAGAACCGCCGUCCAUCAGGCAGGCAGUGUCCUGGAGUCGAUUUGAAUCGUAACUUUGGAUAUGCUUGGGGCGGAAAGGGUACUUCGGCGGCUCCUUGUUCGGAUGUCUUCCGUGGAUUGAAGUCUUUUUCGGAACCGGAAUCUAUGGCCAUUGCUGGUUUUAUGACCAAAAUGCCCAAGGGAUUUUUUAAGGCAUAUUUAACAUUCCACAGUUAUGGGCAGUAUAUUCUUUACCCUUGGGGACAUGAUUCCAUUUUAACAACAGAUUCAAGCGAUUUGGACCGCGUUGCUCGUGAAGCAGCCACUAAAAUCUCUCGGUUAAGCAGCACUAAGUACACUGUUGGAUCGUCAGCGAAAACGCUCUAUCCAGCAGCAGGCGGUUCUGAUGAUUGGGCAAAGGGCGUUGCUGGAAUUAAGUACGCUUAUACUAUUGAAAUGGGGGACACAGGACGCUACGGAUUCGUUCUUCCAGCUAGAUUGAUCGAGAAAAAUGCUAAAGAUGGAUAUGUCUUUGUUGAGACUGUGGCAAGAACUGUGACACAUAACCGUAGUGGUUAGAAGAGUAUAUAAAUAUUUGUUUAAUUUAUGACAUUUUUUUGAUAUAUGUGAUGAUAAAAUUGUAUCCUUAAAUUAUUUAUUUAUUUAUUUUUAUAUGCAUAGAAGAUUUAGUGUAAAUAAAAUUUUUAAUAUAAAAAUGUACAUCAAUUGA